AUGAUCUCUCCGAUAUCGAGCAUGAACCAUUGGUGGUGGCAGUUCCUCGAGAACCACGUCUACCGCAUCCCGCCGCCCCCAAAGCGCACGCGCACGAAGCCGAUGCAGGUCCUUUGUGUCGGUCCGCCGCGCAGCGCCACCGAGUCCCUGCAGCAGGCGCUGCUGGCGCUCGGGUACGACCACACGUACCACGGCUGGGACAUAGUCUACGAUGACCCACCGAUUCCGGCAACGGGCUGGGUGCGUCUGGCGCGGAAGAAGUGGUACGGCAGCGGCCGCGGGAGCAAAAAGGAGGAGAAUUCGGGCGAUUGCAGCAUCUCGGCCGAGGAGUUCGACGAGUUGCUCGGGCACUGCGUUGCUGUCACGGACGCGGCGGCGAGUUGCUUCGCGGCGGAGAUGAUCCGAGCGUAUCCCGAGGCCAAAGUCGUGUUGAACGUAAGGAGAGACCUGGACUCGUGGCACAAGAGCGCGGUGAAGACGCUAGUGCACGUCAACGAGAGCUGGAGCUUCUGGAUCGCGAGCUUGUUGGAUCGGGAGGCGUUUUGGGCGUGGCAUGUCUACGAGAGGUUCCUUUGGGCGUUGUUCUUCCGCGCGCCGGAUGGGGAUAUGGCGAGGGCUAUCAAGAGGAAUGGGAAAUGGAUUUACCGGGAACACUGCGAUAUGAUCCGCGGCAUGGUGCCUCCCGACCGACUCCUCGAGUGGUCUGUCGACGAAGGGUGGGAGCCGCUGUGCAAGUUCCUCGGCAAGGAAGUCCCCGACGUGCCGUUCCCGCAUGCGAAUGCCAUCGGUCCAGGGGGAGGGUGGAAGGCGAGGGAGGAGAUGGCGACAAAGAGGUGGGUGGAGGGGGCUCUGACGAACUUGAUACUGAUGGGAUUCGUUUUUGUUGGGGGGUGUGCUGUUUGGAUGCGGUGGGGGAGGUGA